UGACCUGUAAUGAAGGAUUUACUGUUUGGGGAAAUGCAUUUGUGCAGGCACUGCGUCAUAUGUAGGCUAUACUCUGUUUGCACUGACCAGGAGCGUUACGCGCAACGUAUCUCCAUGAGUUGGACUGCAGCUCAGCGCACCCAGUCUUAGCUGUUUUGGAAAGGAAAAGGGUGCAAAACCACAAACAUGAUACGAAAGGACAAAUUGGAGCCAGAAUGGAUUUAACCCAGGUCAGUCUGUUGGUGGAAAACGUUUCAAGCAAUGAGAACACCACGGACGCACCGCUUGGCUUGCCACACACGGAGGCAGCCACUGCUCUCAUCAUACUGGUAGUUACUGUGAUAAUUUCGGUGACCAUUGUCGGUAACGUGUUGGUGAUUGUAGCGGUGCUGACCAGCCGGGCUCUCCGUGCGCCCCAGAACCUUUUCCUGGUCUCUCUGGCAUCAGCGGACAUCCUGGUGGCCACGCUGGUCAUCCCAUUCUCCCUCGCCAAUGAGGUAAUGGGCUACUGGUACUUUGGAAGUACUUGGUGCGCCUUCUAUCUGGCUCUGGAUGUGUUGUUCUGCACCUCAUCCAUCGUGCACCUGUGCGCCAUCAGCCUGGACCGCUACUGGUCUGUGACAAAGGCGGUCAGCUACAACUUGAAGCGGACACCUAAGCGCAUCAAGUCCAUGAUCGUUGUGGUGUGGGUUAUAUCAGCUGUCAUCUCUUUCCCUCCUCUUCUCAUGACCAAACAUGAUGAACGGGAGUGCCUGCUGAACGAUGAGACCUGGUACAUCCUCUCCUCCUGCCUGGUAUCCUUCUUCACUCCUGGUCUCAUCAUGAUUCUGGUUUACUGUAAGAUCUAUAAGGUGGCAAAGCAGCGCUCCUCCACCGUGUUCGUGGCCAAGAACGGCCUGGAGAGGCAGCCCUCUCAGUCCGAGACCUGUUUCGACAGGAAGGACCGGUUCGAGACGGAGAGCCCCAGUAGCCAGAGCUCCGGCAGCCACCAGCAGAGGCAGGGGGAGCUGGAUGACAUUGACCUGGAGGAGAGCUGCUGUCCGUCGGAUACUAAACCCCGCAAUCAUCGCUUCAGUAAGCGGAGAAAGGUGGAGGGGUCAGACUGCUGCCCGCCCCAGAACUGCCGUCUCUCCUGGGCUUCAGCACGGGCGUUACAGCUCUACCCGGAGCAGAAGAACCCAGCUGUGCGACAACAGCUGGCCGCGGCCAACAAGACCAAAGUGGCCCAGAUGCGGGAGAAACGUUUCACCUUCGUCCUGGCGGUAGUGAUGGGGGUGUUUGUGCUUUGCUGGUUCCCCUUCUUCUUUACUUACAGCCUGCAUGCAAUUUGCAGAGACAGCUGCCAUAUCCCUGGCGCACUUUUCAACCUUUUCUUUUGGAUUGGCUACUGCAACAGUUCUGUGAACCCCAUAAUAUACACUAUUUUCAAUAGGGAUUUCAGGAAAUCAUUCAAGAAAAUCAUAUGUGGAACAUCUAAACGCACAUAAGGGAUCUCAUUCAAUGGGAAGGAAUUAUAUCAUUAGAACUCAUUUUUCUCGACUGAUUGUUUUCCCUCCCCAAAUUCAUUUUAAUGUAGCCUACUGUCAUAUUAAAACAAAACAGAUCCAGUGUUGUGUGCACAUUUAAAAGUCAAUGAAUAAAAUGUUAAGCAAAAGAGCAAAACAAAAGAGAAAUGUUUUUAGUGCAUCAGUGUUGUUAACGUAAUGCAACAUCAAACAUGGUAAUUGUAUAAUAAGUCUUGUAACCAUGCACCUUUAAACAAGAAAUAUCUUUAUUGGAUCAAUCUUUUGUGCUAUAGCAAGCAGGAGGAAAGAGCUACUUCAGGGUAAAUUUCAUGAAUGUAGCUGGAUUCCAGUGCUGGCUACUGGUUCACAGGGGGUGUUUUGUGUAAAGAUAAAAAGGAGAUUAAUCUGCACCAUAUAUGGCAAGCAAGUAUUACCUGUGAGUGUGUGUCAUGGAAAAAAAAUGUAAUCAAAUCCUGAAAGAUGUAGGUUUAUCAUCAUAGGUAGAAUGUUGCAUUGUAGAACUGUUAGUAUUUUGGACACACAUUCAUAUUUGUCUACAGUUUAAGCUACAGCAAGGCCAUUUCAGCCAUUUCUUAACAAUGAACCCCCACAUUUACGUAAGAGUAUAAUCUCACACCCCCACUGCACCAUCACACCACCUCACACCAGGACGAUAAACUGAGGCCCGCCUGUGCAAAAUCUAUUGGAAUAAUCUGUGUGUUUCAUUUCAACACCUCACAAUACAUCAGUAUUUUGUCAGUACAUAUUUACAUAUAAUGUGAUAUUUACACAACCUGAUUUCAGUGUCAUGGGACAGAAAGCAGGUCUAGGUUGUUCAGCAAAUAUUACUUUCAUUGUGUUGUAAAAAUGUUUUUAUUCUCUUACAAAUAAAAUGUUACUGGCAAGAUGAGAAAAAGGAAUUACAGUAGAUUUGACUGUCGGUGACAUUCCAGAACGUACCAGAGGAAGGAUGCUCACAUUUGACACAGCCAAAAAUACAAACAUUCCAGCUCCAUCAAUCUUAAAAAUAACAUCUCUGGACACAAUUAUUGUGAGAUAAGGAGAGCUGGACCUCCAUCUAGCAUCAAAUCUCAAUCUCUGUGGUUCAAGAGAGCUUAAUAUCUACAAGCCAAGCCUCGGACUGUAAUCCUCUGCUUUAUAAAGCUGUAGAAAAAGUCCUACAAAUUAUAACUUCAGCUAUCCUUUAACUUCCCACCUCUUACA